AGGCAGAUUCUUAACCACUGCGCCACCAGGGAAGCCCCCCCAUGAUAUUUUUUAAUUGAAAAAUUUACUGAGAUAAAUGUAGAUUCAUGCAAACUUAAAUAAUACAGAGUAAUCCUUUGUACACUUGGCCAGUGCCUCCAAAUACCAUUUUACAAAAUUCAUAGUAUAAUAUCACAACCAGCAUAUUGACACUGACAUGAUCUACCAAUCUUGUACAGAUAUCCCUAGUUUUACAUAUCCCUAGUUUUACUUGUACACACUUGUGUGUGUCUGUAUAUAUUAAGUUCUAUACAAUUUUAUCAAUUGUGUAGGGUUCAUUUAUAUAGCACCACAGCCCAGGUACUGAACAAGUCCAAAAACCAUAAGAAUCUCUCAUGCUGCCCUUUUAUAAACACAACCUCCUUCCCACAUCCCCUCCCUGCACCUCUAACUCUAAGCCCUGGCAAUCACUAAUGUCUUCUAUUUCUAAAAUUUUGUAAUUUCAGUAAUGUUAUAAGUUGAAUCGUACAGUGUGUAAUCUUUUGGGAUUAGCUUCUUUCUGCUCAGCGCAUUCCCUGGAGAUUAACCCACGUUGUAUGGCCAUAGUUCAUUCCUUUUUAUUGCAAAGCCAUGAUCCAAGGUAUGUAUUGAAGUUUAACCACUUACCUGUCAAAGGACAUCUGAGCUGAUUCCACUUUUUGACUAUUAUGAACAAAGCUGCUGUGAACAUUUGUGUAUAGCUUUUUGAGUGAAUGUGAGUUUUCAUUUCUCUGGGAUAGACACCCUGGAGUGCAAUUGCUGGGUUGUAUGGUAGUUCCAUGCUUAGUUUUUUUAAGAAAUUACCAAACUCUUUUCAGAGAGGCCAUACCAUUCUACGUUCCCCCGUGAUAUUUUGUGUGUGUGUGUGUGUGUGUGUGUGUGUGUACGAAGAAUCCAAACCAGUUUUUAAAAAUAGUCCCACCUACAUUUUUAUUUGUUUGAUUUUUUUUACCCGUAAAAGUAUCAUUGAGUUUGUUUCUCUACCUCCUGAAUUUCCUGUAGACUGGAGGUUAGGGCUAGAGGUUUGAUUAAAGUUAGGUUAGAUUUUUGUUGUUGCAUCACAUGAACCCUAAGGAAGUCAGAGUGUGCUGGUGGACAGCAAGUCUCUUUGAACAGUGAUUAAACACGACACAGCACAGACUCAGAAUGACAGCAAACAUGUAUCAAGGGCAUUGGGGUAUUGUGCCAUGAACCCUGAAGAGUGAAAGGUGAGGAUCAGAUUCCUGCCCCCAAAGAACUCUAUCUUUUGAAAUUAACAACUAAUUCUAAUAGUGUGAGCCCACUAAUAGGGAUAUGCCAAGUAGCAGCUUGGAGACAGCAAUUAAUUCUGCUUUGGGGGUAUGUGUAUGGGGUUAUAAAACUUAAGGCUGAACUCUGAGGUGGCCUUUGAAUAAAAGAAAAAUAGAUUCCAUAUAGAAUGGCCAUAAGUAAUGAUCCUGAGGUGUAAAGGGCAUUUUGGAGUCCCUGGUUUUACAUAUUAUGGAAUUAAAAUUUUGUGGCCAAUAAAGAAACUCUGGAAGUUUGUGUGCUUUACAAGGUAAGCUGUAUUAGCACUGAAGCAGUGGAAAGAGUGGAUGACAGCAGGCCAGGAGACCCAUGAGUAAACCAUUCCAGGCAUCUGUGUGUGAGAUGUCCUAGACGAGGUGCCACAGAGAGAAAGAGUAGGGUUCAGAUAUUUAGGGUUAGAAUUCAAAACUGUGUCUGAAGUUUUAAGCUUUUGUGGAUAUGACAUUGCUACAUUAACUACGUUUGGAACAUAUUAGAGGUCUGAGAGGGAAGAUGAAUAUUAACGUGUUGUGUUAUGAGUCUAUGGGACAGUCGAGUAAAGAUGUCCACGUAGACUGUUGUAAAUAUAACAUCUGGAGCGCAGGGGAUAGUGUAAGGAGGUGUAGGGAGAAGAGGGCUUAUGAUGGGUUAAGGGGCAGGCAAGAAACGAACCAAGUUCAAUCCCCGUGCUGAGGAGCCUUGUUGUCCACAAGCUUGCUCUGACUUCCUUCAAAGGGAGACUUAAACGGCCUGGGCAAGGACUUGCCGCUGACCCUGCAGGCUCGCUUAACUAGCACGCCCCCAAAGCUAGCCUGGGGCAGAAGCCUGGCGCGAACGUGUGGGUCACGCGGGGCGCCGGUGGGUUGCUGCGUGCACAGGAAAAGCGUGGGAAAGGCGGGGGGAGGGCUGCGCCUGCGCAGUAGCAGGUCGUCAGUUGGUUAGUGCGCAGACCUGCCCAGCUGCGGAUGGAGGGAUGGAGCCGCCCCGAGACGUGCGCAAGGUUUCCAGCACAGCACAUAACCGCAGCGGGCGGGUCCAUUCCCUGUACACAGCCCCGAUACUUCAGAGGAUUCCCCGUAUCAACUUGGAAAACACACAUGCUAGAGGGUCGGAGUUCUCUUCUGCAACCCGUAACAUCCAGGAGCAGGGCAAGACCUUGAAUCGGCCCAAAGACGAGGCCAAGGAUGGUCCUGGGCACCGGCUGCUGAAUAUGCUGAGAAAAACUCUUAAAGGGUCUGAAAGUAAAGAACUAGAAGUGACACCUGAGGCACCAACUUUGGUGCCAUUUGGCGAUGUGGUUGGCUGCCUAGCCAUUCAUGUAAAGAAGUGCAAACAUUUUACGCCUAAGAUCAGUUUACAACAUUACAGUAAUUUGUUCAUUCGCGUCUCUAUUAACAACGUGGUGAAAUGUACAAAAAAGUAUAGCUUGCUACCCCCAAACAAUGAAGAGGACACUGUAAUUACAUUUGAUGAAGUGAAAUAUUUUUCUGUACAGGUUCCUCGACGUCAAGAUGAUGAGAAGAAUAAUAUUUACUUAGAACUAAUGCAACAUGACAGUACAAAAUAUCUUCUUUUAUUAGGGAGUGUUCAGGUACAUCUUUAUGAAGUAAUUCAGAAAGGGUGCUUUACUGAAGAACUCCGAAUGUUGAAAAGAAACACAUUUAUCUGCAGGGCAGAAGUGGAAUUUAUGUUCUCCUAUGGAAACUUUGGUUAUGGAUUUUCACAUCAGUUAAAACCUCUUCAGAAAAUUAUUAAGCCAUCUAUGUUUAUGAAUAUUGCACCACCUCCAGAAAGAACAGACCCUGUGACAAAUGUUAUUAUACCACAACGAAUAGAAUAUCCAGCAUUCUUAUCCCCAGACCUGAAUGUUUCGGUUGGGGUGCCAACUACAGCAUCCCAAUCCAACCAGCCAUCUGUAGUACGACUUGAAAAACUUCAGCAACAACCCCGGGCAAGGCUAGAAAAAAUGAAAAAAGAAUAUAGACGUCUGAGUACAUGGAUAGAAAAAGCUAGCUAUUUAGAAGGAGUUCUUACCCCAAGAUUGGAACGUAAAGAAACUAAGGAAAGUAAUACCAAUGAGAUACUUGAAAGCCAAUUGGAAGAGAGACCUACAGAUACCGUAACAUCAGAUAUCCUUCUUAUAAAGGAAGAAGCUGAAACUCUUCCAAGUGAGUUACUGGAUAAUGAUGAUAAGAAAGGCCUGACUCUGCCAACUUUGAACCAGUCGGGUGAAGAUGAUUCAAAUGUUGUUGCUCCUAAAAGUGACAUGUCAACAAAGGAAACAGAUACUCCAUUGCCCACUAUUCCUAGGCUGACGUUAGCAGAAGAGGACGAAAUACCACCUUUAGAGGAACACCAGCAAGAGGCUAUGCCGGAGAGAAAAAUGAAAAAUCUGUUCUUCCCACCAGAAGAAAAAAUGAAAGAUAGAUAUCCAAGCCUUUUAAAAACUGACUCAUCUCCAUCAGAGAGUUCACAUUGUUCCUGUAGCACAGUGAAUGAAAAUUUAAAUAUCGCUAAUGGUUUAGAUGAGUUAAUACAAGAUAAGGCCUAUGGACAGAAAAAUACAAAUAGAAAAAGAAAAUCAGUGGCUUUUUCACCAAAAGAAUACAUUUCACCAUCUUUCAAACCAGAAUAUAUAGAAUUCAAGCCAAAAUAUCAGAAAUUCAACAUCAAGAAUGGUUUUGAUCCUUUUCUAAGGAAUAUAAACAACAAAAUGUCAGUCAGAAAAAGGAAAGACCAAGAUAUGUUCAAAUGUAGAAAUAUUUUAAGUGCCGAGGUUAUAGAGUAUGAAGACCAAGAUCCUCCUUACCCAACACAUUCAAAAACUGCAAGCCCUGCUAAUAAAACCUGGCCCCAUAAUCUUGAUAUCAUCACAAUAAAGGGUUUAGACACUAAGAAUAAGUUAGCCAGUGAUCCUGGUAUCACUGCACUAAAGACUUCAGACCUUAAGAAUAAGUUAGUCCAUGAUCCGGGUAUCAUCACAAUAAAGACUUUAGACACUAAGAAUAAUUUAGCCCAUCAUCCUAGUAUCACCACAAUAAAGACUUUAGACACUAAGAAUAAGUUACAGGAAAGGCUACCAAAUGUAUCUUUACCAAACUUUGAGGGAGAAUCAUCAAUGACUGGAAAAGUAAAUGUAAAUAAAUGUUGCCUCUCAAAAUCAUUAAGUCUUACUUCCCACAUAGAAAAUUUAAAACAAUCAAUGGUGCUCAAGUUAAUUUUAAGUAAAAAUCUGCAAGACCUUUCAAAUAGAUUAUUUUGUACACCUGAAGUUUCUAUGGACACCGAAGCAAGAAAGAAAAGUCAUAGUUCUCCACUUCUGGCUCUUCAUGAUGAACAACCAAGUAGUUUGGAAGGCGAAGUAUUUGAAAAAAUUCAAGAUUUAAAUAGCUGGCUUUCAGAAGGAGGCAUUUUAAAUUCAAAGUCUCUUUUAAAUGAAAUAAUUAAAGAUAUUCCCACAGAUUCACUUUCAGAAGGUGGACCAGGAAAUUCUCCAGAGGUAGAAAAGGAACCUGUCUCUGAAAAACACUUAGAGGCUGGUGAGAUAGAUUUUCCAAUUAAAAAAAAGAGUAGUUUCAACAAGAAACAUUUAAAAAGUGAAGUAUCUAGCUCCAAACCAGAUUUGAAUAGCCUUGUAUAUGAUUAUGUUAUAAAGCAAAUAUUUACUGCACCGGUCUUCUCAGAGCUGGGGAGAGGAGUGAAAGAAUGGAGUGAGACACAGAUAAACUCUCAGAGUCAAUUACCCACAGCUUGGGAGAGUUCGCCUUCCAAUGUUCUAAUUCACUAUGAAGAAAACAAUAAUGAAAUAGAAUUUCCGCCGGCCAAAUCUGUUAUAAGCCAGAUAAUACAAGCAUUUCCUGUAGAUACUCUUUUAGAAUUGGGGAUAAUCAAAGUGAUAGAAUUAGAUAAAGAAUACCAGAAGGGUUUUUUGCUGUAUACAGAGACAGCUUUUGCUGAAGAAAAGCCAAAGUAUUCCACAGAGUAUUAUUCAGAUAUCAGAAGCAAAACAGAACCUCUUUCAGAGCAGAAUACACCCAUCAUUCACAAAGAAAUCACUUCUUUUAAUGGAGUUGAAUUCAUAGACAAAGGCCAAAAUAGAUCCCCACAAGAUUCAAAAUAUCAGUCGACACCAGAUAAAAAAACAGAUUUGCCAAGUAAUGGUCAGAGGCUUGAUAGAGAAGAAAAUGAUCUAAGUUCUACUUUAGAAAAUUUAAGUAAUGCACUAAUGGGUAAACUUAAUAACUCUGAUGUAAUAAUGUUAAAAUCCUUUUUGAAAAAGAUAUUUAAUGUUUUUUUCAAAUAUAGUCAGUCUAAAGGCAGACAACCAGAAAAAGAAUUAGAAAGACUAAUUGAACAUCCUUUUCCAAGUCAGACAGAAGACCUUGAAGAAAUCGAAGAGAAUUUUGAUAAAGUAGACAAAUUGGGGAGAAAACCUAUUUUGAAUCCAAAGCUGCAUGUAUUUCUAGAAGAACUCUCAGAGUCAGAAAUAAAAAAAUUUAAAUCUGAAUUAAGUAAACAUAUCCAGCAUUACCUUGUAGAAAGGCUUUCAGAAUCAGGAUACAUCACCAAAGAGGACUUACCAGAAAUCUAUCAAAAUCUGUAUUUGAUGAAUGAGAAAGUAGAACCAAAAGGGCAAAAUAUUUUUCUGGAGAAAUAUUCAGAAACUGUAAAAGAAAUCAUGUCUUUUAUAAAUAAUUUUAAUCAUCAUUUCAUAGAUAAACAUUUGGAAAUAAAGCUAAGAUCUUUUUUAAAUGAAAUUCUCCAAAACUAUUUCCUAAAAAACCUUUCAGACAACAGUUUAUUUAAAGACGCAGAAUCUGAGCCUAUACACUCAAAUGUAUCUUCUCUAAGAGCUAAAAGUGCCUCAAUAUCUUUUCAUGAGUUAGGACAAGAUAUUUCAAGAGGGAGUUUUGGUAGUAGGCUUGAAAUAAACAUGAAAUAUCCCUUAAGUAAAUCUCUACAAAACUAUCUUAUAGCUUUAUCAGAAAAUGAACUCUUAGAUCUAAAAGCUGAUUUAAGCAAACACCUCCAGAGCCUUUUUAUAGAAAAACUGUCAAAAUCAGGACUAAUCACAGAAAGGCAAUUAGAGGGGAUAAGCCAGCAUAUAAAUUUGGUUAAUUCUACUUCCACACCAUUAAAAUGUAUAAAGCCAGAUUUGUCUUUAAGAGAUGAAAAUCAGUUUGUGGAGGACCAUUCAGAAAAGCAAAAUAAAUAUUCAAAAAUUGCUCAGAAAACCACUUUACAAAAGGUUUCUGAAGAUAGACCUGUAGAAACAGAGUUGACCAAAAAGGAAGAAAAGGAACAUUUUUCCUUAGAGAAUAUUAAAUAAAGUCCAUCAAUAAUUCAGGAACAGAAAAGAUACUAUCCUAAGGAAGUGAAAAUACUCAGUUUAAUUAAAGUACAACCUUGUUCCAACAAAAAUACCCAGGCAAUUCCAGUAAAUAAGCCAUCAGAAAGACUUACAGAUACAAUGCCUAAGAAACAAAGGAAAGAACACGGUUUCAUGCAGUUUCCUCAAGCAGAGAACUGUGAUUUUAAAACAGAGAUACAAGACCCACAUAGUUGGAGUGGUAAAUCAAAAAUAACUCAAUCAAAUGCUUGCUUUGAAAAGACACUGAAAAUGAAGUCCCUUGACAAAAAGGAGCACAAUAACACCUAUAAAUUGAUAGUACAAGAAAAACCUGAAGCAGUACUGUCACCGUAUCCAAGAAUUCCUAAUUGCAAGAUGCCAAGAUGCCAAGAUGAGGAAUAUGUAAACAAACUCACUUUUCCUUCCAGGCAAAGUAAUACUCUAACUCGCCUCAAUGCAGAGGCUGGAGAGAAAUCAAAAUUAGAAGACUAGUAUCGUCAGAGAUGGAAAGGAAAUAAUAAUUAUAGAAAACAACAUUUAGUAACAUUUGCACAUUACAAAGAAGAAAUACAAACUCUUUAUAUAAAACCAAACAAACUCUUAUAUAAAACCAAACAAAAGGUCCCUGAAUCACAAUUGCUUAAAUAUAAAGUUUUGAUAGCUGAGAAAAACUCAAAACCAUCCCUCUUCCCGGAAGUACUAAAGAGAGAAAAUCUAAAGCCCAAGGGUCAAAAAGAAAGAGACCAUGUCAGCAAACAAAAAAAGUCAUUUAAAGAUAGUAUAUUACCAACCACACUGUCCACCACAGGAAUUCUUCUAAGAAAAUCUGUUCCAAGGGCAUUGCUUCAUUGGACUGCAAGAAGAACUAUACACGAUUGUUCGGAUAGAGUUGAGGAUUUAUAUGUAACUUCAUUUAAGCAUCUUGAAAAAGCAAAAUCAAGAGCAAGGCUUUUAGGAAAGAGCCCAAAUGAUAGCCAUGAUCAGUUAAAAUGCUCUGCAAGACCGUAUACUGCUCCAGAGGUUAACAAACAAGAAAGCUACACUGGAAAAUUUACAAGUCCUCGAAUGGUUUCAGCAGGCUUAGUUCAUAUAAAUGAUUCAAUCCCAGAUUAUGAAAUCCAUAAAAUGCAGCCAAAAAAAUUUAAGAGUAUAUUGAAAAACGUUUGCUCAUUUGUGAUAUUAUCCAGAUGUUAAACAGUUCAGAAUGAUGUGUGAGGCCAAUAGUCAGAAUGUUAUUUCUCCAAUUAACAAAAUGGUUUGGAGAUCUGUCCUUUUGUGUGAUAGAAGUCAGUAACCAAAUUCCAUCUUGUUAGAACCAUUUUGUUUUAAUUAAAAUGAAAAAAACACUUUUGAUGUAAAUGUGUUUUGUUUAUGAAUCUUAGAGAACAACCUCAAAGAUACAUAGUCAUUAGUGAAGUUUUAUUUCCCAACUUUUCCCCUUUUUCACUAUUCUCUGAUUUUCCAAAUCUUUGCUAUGCCCUAAAUUAUCCCUGACCACCCAGUGUCAGAGUAUCUAUUUGCAGUUAUGUAUGUUCAGCCUUUUGUUAUGAAUAUACUUUAACUCUUCAGCUCUAGAUUCAACAGUAUGCAAUUCCCUGGGCCUAUAGAACAUCUAUUAAUUUCAAUGUCAUCUGAUAUUACAACUUUUUACACUAUAAAGAUAAUAAAAAACAAGUUUCAUACUACUAAUUCCUGAGGCUUCUAAUACACUGAAGUGACUUUCUAGCUUACUCAAAAAACUAUGAGACAGCCUCUUUAAUAACAUGAAACUCAGGAAGAAACUGUAUAAAACAAACUGCAUUAAAAAUUAGCUAAAUCAGCAUAGGAUUUAAAUUAAGAGACUUUUGAGAAUUGGUUCUAUUCUUAUCAAAUACAAUAUUUGAAUCUUGCUGAACUUUGGUUCACUCUUGGGGAGUAAGAAUUUCAAUUUAUAGAAUUUUUGUCCAUUUCCAUUUUUCUACCAUAAAUCAUAAAGUUUAUGGAGUUUAAAUAGAAUUGGCUGAUAGAAAACAUAAUUUCUGAUUGUUCAUUUAAUGCCAUAAUCAAGGUAGUAAUUUUGGGGGGGAGACCAAGAAUUUCUAGUAAUUCUCAAAGUUGCCAGUACAUAUAUCAAGCAGAGUGUGACUGGGAAAGCACUAUUACCUCUGGAUCUUUCAAGUAGAAGGAACACAGGGAAUUGGUUUCAUGGGUGAUGGAACCAAGUCUAAGAAACUAAAAGGGAUGAUGUGGCAAUCCAGAGAUUGGCAAGAGCAGAAAGUGAUAGCGCCCCUCAGAUAGGACAUCAGGAAGAAGUGGUGUGACCAGUGUCCUAGAGCCAGAAUACAAAGAAGAUACAGCCACUGACAGAGACACCACAAGAAACAGGGGAGUGGGGCAGGGGGUGAGAAAUAACUAUGUUUUUUCUCUCUCAUCCUGCUCUCUAAUCUCCUGCUAUUGCCUCGCUGGAAACCAGAGAGUGAGGGGGCAUGGGAAAUGUAGUUCCCAGUGAAACAGAGCAGAGGAAAAGUGGAGAAACGGAUUUGAGAGCUAACAGGCAACUAACCAACAGUACUUAUGGGGAAAACCAUUGAUCUAGCUUGCAGUAAAGGAAGGAAAUAUUUACUAGAUGGAAAUCUCAAGUCACUUUGCCUCAUUAAACUCUUAACAGUAAUAUUGUGACAUGGUCAAAAAUUUCCUACCAUGGAAAUAAAAUUAAUAUGCCAAACAUUUUGCUAAACUACAUUCUCGUGAAUAAAACAGUAUUCUCAAGGAGUCCACAGUCUACAGGGACAUAAACACAGAAGUAGUUAUAGUAGAGUUGUGUAAGUGUUGUUGGGGAAAGUACUAUAGAAACUCAUGGGAGGUCAUUUUGGCCAAGGUGGCUGUGCUACUUUGGAUCCUUCAGAAAGCAGAUACCAAGAUGAGAUUAGCCAUGUACGGUAGGCAGAAUAAUAACCCCUCCCCCACCAACAUACAAACAUCCCAAUCCCAGGAACCUGUGACUAUGUUACCUUACAUGGCAAAAGAGAUUUUGCAGCUAUGAUUAAAUUAAUGAUCUGGAGCUGGAGAGACUAUCCUGGAUUGUC